GGAUGACCAGAGAGCGCCCGCCUGCACCUGCACCACCACCACCAUCACCCGCCCCAACACCAAGCCCCUCCGUCAGCUCCUCGUCCAGCGACAGCCAAAUCUUCUACCCUGCGAACGAGGAGCUGGACGACGUUUGGCCAGAGGUGCAGGUGCAGGGCCCCAGCGGGGACCAUUAAGACACAAGCUACAGAGACACAAGCACCCACGACCAUCUAGGGUAACAGUGCAGCCGGAAAGUAAGGAGGAGUGAACAAACAGGCUAAGGAAAAGAAGAAAAGAAGAAAAGAAAGGGCCAUGCCCAAAAGGCGCAAAACACGCGCAAAGAAGAAAAGGAAGGGGCCAUGCCCAAAAGGCGCAGAACACGCGCAAAGAAGAAAAGGAAGGGGCCAUGCCCGAAAGGCGCAGAACACGCGCAAAGAAGAAAAGAAAGGGGCCAUGCCCAAAAGGCGCAGAACACGCGCAAAGAAGAAAAGAAAGGGGCCAUGCUCAAAAGGCGCAGAACACGCGCAAAGAAGAAAAGAAAGGGGCCAUGCCCAAAAGGCGCAGAACACGCGCAAAGAAGAAAAGAAAGGGGCCAUGCUCAAAAGGCGCAGAACACGCGCAAAGAAGAAAAGGAAGGGGCCAUGCCCAAAAGGCGCAAAACACGCGCAAAGAAGAAAAGGAAGGGGCCAUGCCCAAAAGGCGCAGAACACGCGCAAAGAAGAAAAGAAAGGGGCCAUGCCCAAAAGGCGCAGAACACGCGCAAAGAAGAAAAGAAAGGGGCAACAACAAGAAACUUAAAGAAACUCAGGUCACACAGGAAGAAAGUAUAAAUAAGACAAAAUUUCUGGCAAAGGAAUCAUGCUCAAAAUCCCAAGAAGGAUGAGCAAAGGAGUCAAAAGACAAGAAAGUGGCAGCAACAAGAAACUUUAAAAUCUUCGGGCGUAACACACAAAGAAAUAAGACUAAAUCUCAGGUGACAGCAUCGUGCUCAACAGUCAUAGAAGGAUGAGCAAAGAAGUUAAAAGACAAGAAAGGGGCAGCAACAAAAUCUUCGGGCGUAACACACAAAGAAAUAAGAUAACAUUUCAGGCGAAAGUAUCGUGCUCAAAAGUCAUAGAAGGAUGAGCAAAGAAGUUAAAAGCAAAGAACGGGGCAGCAACAAGUAACUAACCUAUAAAGCAAACAAGAACAAAAAUUGACAAACCUCUGAAUUU